AUGCUGCCACCCACCAACCCACCAGCCCCAGCCCCGAAGCCUCGCGCAAAGCGACAAAAAAGACUGCUACUACGACUCAANCCACCAGCAGAGACGGACGACUCUUCUCAAGUUGCAAGCGGUGCUCAGGAAGGCGAUUCGAAUGCGACGCCCGCCGCGAAGCCAAAGAAACCCAGAGCCCCGAGAGCCAAACGCCCACCAAAAUCGGCCGCAACAGUUGUGGAAGACGAGAAUGGAAAUAUCAUCGAGACAGAAGAACCCGCACCUCGUCCUGCUCCCAAGCCGAGAAAGCCUCGUCAAAAGAAGAAGAAGCAAGCGCAGCAAGUCGAGGGUGGAGAUGGCACAACUGUCCAAGAUGACCCAAUGGACGAUCCAGAAAACCACGAAAUUGAUGUCACGGAAAUGACGAUGCUUGAACUUACCAAGGACAGAGGCUUGGGUAAGGUGUCAGAAAGAGAAAUCAAGAUGGCCGGUAUAAACUGGGACGAAGUGCAAAAGAAGAGAGUGGCAGAAGCAGAAGCUAUUCGAGCUGGUAUAGAUCCUACAACUCUCAAUAACCAGCCGGCCGAGAAUAUUGAAGCUGGUGACGGAGCCGAGGGCGAGAACACUGAAGAGACACCUCGACCAGCAGCUGUCGUGACUGGACCCCGCCUACGUCUGGAUGCCGAGGGAAACCUGGUCGUAGACGAAGACAGUUUGCGUAUUGAUCGCCAAGCUCAAGCCGAGCGCAAUGCCGAAAACCUGGUCGUUACCGAAAACGAUGACUUGACAAAACGUGUCAACCAGAUGAGCUGGAUCAACGAACGUCGACGUGAUCCUACUGAUCGUGUGCCCUUCUUCAAGAUGAAGUCUGACCCUUGGAGCGACGAGGAGACAGACCGCUUCUAUGAAGCCCUUCGCAUGUUUGGCACUGAUUUUUUCAUCAUCUCGAAGAUGUUCCCACCCAAGACUCGUCGUCAGAUCAAGCUGAAAUUUGUUCGGGAAGAACGGUUGGAUCCAGACCGUGUGAACCGUGUCUUGGCUGGCGAAGCAGUUCCUAUGAACCUCGAGUCGUUCGCAGAAGCCACUGGUCAGGACCUCGGAGGCUUUAAGGACCCACGGGAGCUGGAAGAGGAAUUGAGAGUCGAGGGCGAAGAGCAACGCGUGGAGAUUGCUCGUAAGAAGAAGGAAAUGGAAGAGGCGAAGGAGCAGAGAGAUAUCCAGAUGGCCGCUAGAGAGAAGGACCAGGAAGAACGUGCAGCACAGAGACGCGAGAAGGCCGCUAUGCGCCAGAACAAGCGCAGAGGAAUCUUUGGCACUGGUACCUUUUGA